AUGCCCUCCCGCUGCAGGAACACGCUGAACAUCGUGGUGACCACCCUGUUCGCUGCGGUGGUCCUCUUCACCAUCCUGCUGGCCUACGUCACAGGAUACCAGUUCAUCCACACCGAGCAGCACCACCUUUCCUUCGGCCUGUACGGCGCCUUCCUCUCCCUCCACCUCUUCCUCCAGAGCCUCUUCGCCUUCCUGGAGCACCGGAGGAUGAGGAGCCCGGCCCGGCCUCAGCACCUGCGGCGCUCGGUGGCGCUCUGCAUCGCCGCCUUCCAGGAGGACCCGGACUACCUGAGGAAGUGCCUGCGCAGCGUCCGGAGGAUCUCCUUCCCCGGCCUGAAGGUGGUGCUGGUGGUGGACGGGAACCGGCCCGAGGACAGAUACAUGAUGGACAUUUUCCAGGAGGUGAUGGGGGGGGCGGACCAGGCGGGCAGCUUGGUGUGGAAGGGCAACUACCACAGCGAUGGCAGCGGAGGAGGAGGAGUCAGCAGCGGCGGGGGGAGGAGCACGGUGCACAUGGAGGAGGCGGCUCGGGUCGCUCGGCUGGUCAGAGGCUGCAGGUACUCCUGCGUCAUGCAGGAGUGGGGGGGGAAACGAGAGGUCAUGUACACGGCCUUCAAAGCGCUGGGAGACAGUGUGGACUACAUGCAGGUGUGUGACUCGGACACAGUCUUGGAUCCAGCAUGUACCAUCGAGAUGCUGAAGAUCCUGGAGGAAGAUGCGAUGGUGGGAGGAGUCGGUGGAGACGUGCAGAUCCUCAACAAGUACGACUCGUGGAUCUCCUUCCUCAGCAGCGUGCGCUACUGGAUGGCGUUCAACAUCGAGCGCGCCUGCCAGUCCUACUUCGGGUGCGUCCAGUGCAUCAGCGGCCCCCUGGGGAUGUACAGGAACUCUCUGCUCCAGCGCUUCCUGGAGCCCUGGUACCACCAGACCUUCCUCGGCUCCAAGUGCAGCUUCGGCGACGACCGCCACCUCACCAACCGGGUGCUGAGCUUCGGCUACAAGACCAAGUUCACGGCGCGCUCGCAGUGCCAGACGGAGACGCCCACUCAGUACCUGCGCUGGCUCAACCAGCAGACCCGAUGGAGCAAGUCCUACUUCCGCGAGUGGCUCUACAACGCCCUGUGGUUCCACAAGCACAGCCUCUGGAUGACCUACGAGUCCGUGGUCACCGGCUUCUUCCCCUUCUUCCUGGUCGCCACCGUCAUCCACCUCUUCUACCGCGGGCGGCUCUGGAACAUCCUGCUCUUCCUGCUGACGGUGCAGCUGGUUGGGAUGGUGAAGGCCACCUACGCCUGCUUCCUGCGCGGCAGCCUGGUCAUGAUCUUCAUGUCGCUCUACUCUCUGGUCUACAUGUCCAGCUUGCUCCCUGCCAAAAUAUUCGCCCUGCUCACCAUCAACAAGGCGGGCUGGGGCACCUCGGGCCGCCGGAAGAUCGUGGUCAACCUGAUCGGCGCCGUGCCCGUCACCGUGUGGGCGCUGGUGCUGCUCGGGGGGGUGGCGUACACCGUCUACUGCGAAACCCAGGAGCCGUUCAGUGAGACGGAGAAAGCCUUGUUGAUCACAGGGACGAUACUCUACGCCUGCUACUGGGUGGUUCUGCUGGUGCUCUACCUCGCCAUCGUGGCCAAGCGCUGCAACAAGAGGGAGGAGCAGUAUCACCUCGCGUACGCCGAGGCGUAAACCCUUCACCGGAGAGACUGGUGGGACCAGGAGUCACUGCAGU